UCGUUGGGAGAAGAGGCGGCACUGGGGGGAAAGUGCAUCCUGGCCCUGUGCCUUCAGGGAUAAGCUGUCAGUCGAGGCUCUGGAGAGGGUUUUGUAGGGGGAGGGGAGUGAGCCUUCCUAUCUGCUUCUGCAUUGCAACUUCUGUAAAACCUGAGGGGAUAAAAAGCACCUAAAAUAUUGCAUUGCAAAAAGAAAUUACCGCCAAACAAAUACCUGUUGCACGUGCAUUGCAUUGGGGCCAUCUGCAUUGACAUCAGUUACCAACCCUCAGCCCUUGCAAACAGAGAGACCCAAAAAGCGAAUUAAAACAUUUAAUUUUAGUUCUGGUUUGCCCCUCUCCCAGUCUGCACACAGCAAGAGGGCAAUCGCUGUGCGAUCCAGUUGCAUCAAGUCAGACCACACUGGUCUGGGGUUGUUGCAAGAGGAGCCAGGAGGGUGGGUUGGUUGUGGGGUGGGGGAGGUGGUAAAGACCACCAUUUCAGGUCCCCCUUGGCUUGAAAGUGGGGGAUUACCUUGGAUCAGGUGCUGCCAACCGUGCCCACCUACCAGCAACCCCUGUGCCCCACGUCAGGCUAUUUGACAUCGACUGGUUCAAAUUUGGGCUCAUCCGGGGUUCUGGAAAUCGGCCAAGAGAGUUUACCCCUUCUCCUGCCAAACUUUAGGGCUUAGGAAUUGUUUUUGUCCUGACUUUGGGUAGGGAGUUCGGAGGAGCACCCUCAGGAUGACCUCUGCAUCGACCAAGGUGGGCGAGAUCUUCUCAGCGGCUGGAGCUGCCUUCACCAAGCUCGGAGAGUUGACCAUGCAGCUGCACCCAGUGGCGGACUCCUCACCGGCUGGUGCCAAGUGGACGGACACGGAGAUUGAGAUGCUGCGUUCGGCCGUGAAGCGCUUCGGAGAGGAUUUAAACAAAAUCAGCACCGUCAUCAAAGACCGCACCGUCGCCCAGAUCAAGACCACGGUCAAACGCAAAGUCUAUGAGGACAGCAGCGUUCCCCUCCCCUCAGAGUCCCCCAAGAAAUUGCAGAAGAAGGCAGUGACGGCGGGGGCAGCAGUCUCAGCGCCAACCACACCUCCAGCAGCGACAGCAGCAGCAGCCUCUGUCGGGAACACCCCACCCACGGACCCAUCGGCCGUCAAGAAGCAAAAGACAUCCGAUGUGACACUCAGCGCCCUGAAUGACUCGGACGUCAACAGUGACCUGGUGGACAUCGAAGGACUUGGAGAUGGAUCGCCAGCCAAGAAGCUCAACUUCGAGCAGGACAGUCUGACCCUCGAUUCCAGUCUCAUCAUGAACAACUCGGACAUCACGCUCUUGUCUCGUUGAACCUUCAUCUCCUCCUCUUUCUCUGUCUCUCCUCCACCAUUCAGUGUCCCCCUGACGGUCUCUCCAGAGGUAUACCGCUUCGGACCGAUGCCCGCUCUCUGAGUCGUCAGGACGACAGACUCCCCGCUGUGAUGCCCAUCGCCACCUGGUCAUGCUGCCUGGAGAACAUCGUUGGGACUUUUUAACCAGCUUUCACACCCGGCUGCUUUGAGGGAUUUUGUUUUAGAAGUGUUGCAGGUAUAGAUGGAUUUCUUAAUAAAAGACAAAAUAGUUCA